AUGAGCCGCCAGUUGUCUAAUACCAUCAACAACGAGCUUGCUUCUUUAUCGUCGACACCCUUUGAGCCCUACAUCUUCAGGGUGGAUGGUCCACUAUGUAGGAAAAAUGAGAAAGUCUAUGAACCAGAAAUACUUACAAUCGAUCCUUAUCAACACGAGGUCCUCUUUAGAAAUAUGAUUGUUUAUGAGCAGUAUAAUGGCAGUACUAAAGCAGCUUAUGUGACUCAUUAUUUGACGUUUUUAGAUUGCCUUGUCAAUACUCCCAAGGAUGCUGAAAUACUACAUCACCAUGGAAUCAUUGACAAUUGGUUAGGUGAUGAUGAAGCCUUUUCGACCAUGUUGAACAAAUUGUGCAAUAAUAUCAUCCUAGAUGGAACAACUUUCUGUUACUCAGAAGUUUUCAACAAGGUUAACGAUUACUGCAAAUGCUGUCGACCUAGAUGGAUGGCAAAAUUAAGGCAUUAUUAUUUCAACAGCACAUGGUCCAUCAUUUCACUUUUUGGUGUUACGCUGUUACUUCUCUUGACUAUCAUACAGACUAUAUGCUCUAUUUUACAAGUCUCAUGA